AUGCAGCAGCAGAUACAGGUAAACAAACUAUUAGUCAGCGAAGCAGUACCUUGGAGGAGGAAGAAGAGGAAGAAAUGGCGGAGUGGGAACUACUGUCACAUGAACUGUUGUUCAACGAGAACAGUUUUGACACGGCAUCAACAAUCGCAGAACAUAGGUAAAGCACGGGAAAGUAAGGCGAUACUUUUGUCAAAGAUGUGGCCAUUUUAA